AUGUCCUUCUCAAGUUUAGUUUCUACGCAAAUUAAUUACCUACCUGAUAUGCUAGACCCGUCGGAUACGAACCAAUUAAAUGAAUUUACUGGUGGUCAUUCAUCGUUUGAUCCAAUUAAUGGCCAAGAUGAUACGACCUUAGAAGAGUUUAUGGGCAUGACUUCUUCUCAACCAUAUUCGGCACAAAAUGAUAUUAUAUCUCUGGCACUGUAUCCUUUAUCGACGGCGUCAUAUCAACAGCUUCAAUCUCCAACCCUUCCUCAGCAAACUUCGUUACCUAUUUCGGGUCUUCCACAAAAUCAACUGUAUCACUUUCAAAAUCAGCAUCAGCAUCAACACCAACAAUUUCGUCCUCAACUUCAACCAUCCAUGGCGCUGCUGCUGCUGGUUCUGCUGCUGCCCCAAAUGGCAUACUCAUUGAACAGUUCUGGUGCGGUGCGUACGGGUAAUGGUCCGAACAGCAAUGCAUUUUUAUUCAACCCAAAAAUGUAUAAUGCCCUCGAAUACGACAGUCUCAAUAACUCUCAUAACUUUGGCAGUACCGAUUCGUCUGCGUUGUCGCAUUCAGCUUUAUUCAAUAAUGCCGGCUCGAAUUUAAAUGAUGUGACGUAUCCCAGCGAUACAACUUCCAAUCCGAACGUCUACUUGUAUUCAAACCAGACUUCAUACCCGAAUGCUAAUUCUGAGAAUCUCUCUCUGCAGAUCAAUAUAUAUUCGGGUACCAUUGGGACUGACCAGAAACAAAGUCAGGUCGUCGAUCAAAAUCAAGCAAACGGUCAUAGGGUGCAGAACACCAGCAAUAGCUAUUCUGGUUCACCCAAGUUCAUAUCAGAGCCGGCGGUCCCUCCAGGUAAAUCAUUUGAUAUCGCCCAACAGCAGCACCAUUUUUCACCCAUGCUGUCUCUUCCAAGUGCAUUGAGUUACCGUGGUAGCUUUAGUGGUCCAAGUUCGGGUUCAGAGUUUAACUAUUACCUGGUGUUGCCCGAUGAUACCAAAAAGAAUGAUGACACAACAAGAGUACUAGACAAAUACGAGGAGAAUCCAGUAAGGUCAGAUGGAUCAAAGAGAUACAAGGUCAUCAGAGGAGUAUCUGCGGGAGGUUGUUCUACACGACCACCAAAAGUGUCAGCAGGAAAUGAUUCAAUCUAUUUACCAGUCAAUUUGAAUAUAAUUGGGGCAUCUGUUAAGGAUAUAUGUUAUCCCAAAUGGUCCAUUUCAGAAAAAGAAGAUAGAAGGAGAAUAAUAAGGAUUGAGAGAAUCCAAAAUGGUCCAAAAUUGACUACGCACUUCACUAUUGUUGGUGCAGCGAACGAAAACCCAGUGACUUUACCUCCACCUCCAAAUAUAGAUGUGGUAGAGGUGUCUUGCUUAGAGUGCACUGUUAAAAUAAAUGAUGAAAACGAGAGUAGCGAUGAUGAAAAUAAAAAAGAUCCUAUCACGACUUAUGUUAAGAGUGAAAAUGAUGGAGAAGCAUACCAAUAUUACAUAACAUCUGUCGAAGUGAUUGAAAUAGUAGAACUUUUAAUUGGUAUGCAAUCAAAGGAUGUUGCGGAAAGGCGUAGAGAGAGAGGAAGAGUUCGCUCUAAUUUGGUUCCAUUUUGGUCCAAAAAGCCAAUCUCUUCCAGAAUGAGUGAAUCGACGUCAAGUGUGAAUGGUCCUGGUGGUCCGACGAAUCAAGACUUUCGAAAUGAGCUCGCAAAGAGAAUCAUGGGAUAUGAAAUAAGAAAACCGAGAGGCUUUGAUAAAGAAGUUAGGAUAUUAAGAUGGGAAAAGUUGGUUCCUGCUUUGAAAAGAGCAUUACAGAGUUACUACACUGAGAUACCUCUGAGCGACGCACACCUUGAAUUUGAUUGA